AUGGAUGGCAUAAUUGAACAGAAGAGCAUGCUGGUGCACAGUAAAAUCAGUGAUGCUGGCAAGAGGAAUGGCUUAAUUAACACAAGAAACUUCAUGGCCGAGAGCAGAGAUGGCCUGGUGUCUGUUUACCCAGCGCCACAGUACCAGAGCUGCCGGGUGGUGGGCAGCACGGCACCAGCCAGCCUGGAUGGCAGCAGGAAUGAGCCGGUCCAGCAACUGCUGGACCCCAACACACUUCAGCAGUCUGUGGAGUCCCAUUUCCGACCCAACAUCAUUCUCUACUCGGAGGGUGUGCUGCGCUCUUGGGGGGAUGGUGUGGCUGCCGACUGUUGUGAGACCACCUUCAUUGAGGACCAUUCGCCCACCAAAGAGAGUCUGGAGUACCCCGAUGGGAAGUUCAUUGACCUCUCGGCUGAUGACAUCAAGAUCCACACCCUCUCCUAUGACGUUGAGGAGGAGGAGGAAUUCCAGGAGCUGGAGAGCGACUACUCGAGCGACACAGAGAGUGAGGACAACUUCCUCAUGAUGCCUCCAAGGGACCACUUGGGCCUCAGCGUCUUCUCCAUGCUCUGCUGUUUCUGGCCUUUGGGCAUUGCCGCCUUCUACUUGUCCCACGAGACGAACAAAGCCGUGGCCAAGGGGGACUUCCACCAGGCCAGCACCAGCUCCCGGCGGGCCUUGUUCCUGGCUGUGCUGUCCAUCACCAUCGGAACUGGCAUCUACGUGGGCGUGGCCGUGGCCCUCAUCGCCUACCUCUCCAAGAACAACCACCUAUGA